AUGGCACAACGCCUUCGGGAUCAGGAGGAAGAAGAAGAUGACGACUGCCUGUUGGUAGCCCGUGAAAGAAAAAAUGCUGGUGCUUCGAAGUCCGUCGAGCCGGUGAAGAUCGAUGUGGCUCAUUCCCGAGUCGAAGAAAUCUCCAAGGGGAGUUCAAAUAAAGUCCCCGAGCUAUUGUACAGAAAAAAGGCACCUUGCCUAGGAGGCCAUUUGGAGGGUGAGGCUGAACGGCCCAGUCCUGAGCCUCUUCAAAAUAAAGAUAACGCCUCGAGUGUAUCAUUUGGGGUAAUCAAUGUAGAUGAUUCACCUCCUGGCCCCGAGUUCUCCGAGGGGAAAAUCCGAGGCGCUCAGAAUAUGAGGUCUUCUGAAGUGGAAGCAAGCCAUGAAGGACAUGACAUCUUUCGAGAAUGCCUUGUAGGGCUUGAAGAUGGCCCCGCCCCAGAUGCUUCUUUCAUUUUUGAUGAGGCUGUGGUGCUCCACAAAAAGGUAUUUUCCAAGUCUCGAACUGAUCUUGCUCGAUGUGAGGCUGAGCUUAAAAAGAUUUCGAAAGAAAGGGACGAUCUUAUAAACCUCUAUGUUAAGAAAGAGGUGGAGAUCAGCGAUCUUCGAUUUUAUCAAAAGGCCGACUUAGUGGCACAGCUUCAGGAGGAGCUUAAGAUGAAAAAGGCCGAGACCUUGGGGUGGAGGCAAAGCAUGGACAAUCUCGCCUCUGAGAUAGAAACUCUUCGAGCAGAGCUGGCUUCCCUCGAACGUCAGUUUCAAAGUGUGAAGGAGGAGAGCCUAGCUCGAGGCCGCGACAUCGAGGAGCUUAGAGCUAAAUCCGCUGCUGAGUUGGCUAAGGACAGAUCUGAUGCUGAGGCAAUUAUGUCUUCGUACCGAGCCGAUGCUGAAGCGGCUAAUGCUCGGGCAAAGGAGAUCUCUUCUGCAGCAGAAGUUAAGUUAUCAAGUGCACUUGAUCAUGCUAGGCGUCAAUCUCGGAGGACUACCCUCGAGGAGGUACACGCUCGCGGCUUCGAUCUCUCCGCCGAUAUUGAAAGGGCAAAGAUUUUGGAAGAAGAGGCUGCCGCUCUGCUUUCCGAUGAGGAUGAUUCAGCCAAUUGCUCCGAGAGUGGAGGAGACAAGGGUGAAGUCUUUGAGGAUGAGGCUUUCGAAGAUGAGGCUCCCGAGGAUGAGGCUGCCGAAGAUGUGACUCCGAAGUAG